AUGGGCUCCAACGGCCCGCCGAACAAUGCAAACAUGCCGCCCAAUGCGCAAGGGAUGGCCGGCAUGCAAAAUCGUGCGGCUAAUGUGGGACAACGGAUCCCUGCAAACACGCUCCAAGGGCUGCAGCCCUUGCUUGCGAACAACCCCGAAGGGCUCGCGGCGAUUGUCAAUGCAGCGCGCGAAGGCAAAGUCAGCCCCGAGCAGCUGCAGCAGAUACGCGCAAUCUUGGGACAGCAACAGAGGCAAAGCGGCAUGCCGAUUGGUGUGACACGCCCCAUGCAGUCUAACUAUGGUGCAGACGCAUCCGGCGCGCCGCAGGCAAACUACAUGCAGCAAGCACAACAGGCACAACAGGCACAGCAGGCACAGCAGAAACCUGCGAUGCAGGGAAUCGGCGGCCAGGGACAGCUACCACGUCACGAGGCACUGCUGAUGGAGCAGUUUAACAAAGUCAUGUCGCCACUGAUGAUGAAUAUUAGCCAUUUGGAGGCGUCUUUAAGGAAUCCGCAGCUAUCCGCACAAGAAAAGCAGCAACAGCGAAACCUGUACAAUGAGCUCAAGAAUAAACAGAUUGGUCUUGCCCGACAAGUGGCGCUUGCCCGUGAACAGGCGCGUGCAAAAGACCAGCAGCAGUUCCAGCUACUCAUGCAGCAAGGACAGCCGGCACAACAAUCGCCAGUCCAGCCGAGUCAGAUACCUACGCAGCAGACGCCUAUGGCUACCGCGGAAAGUGUGCCGGAACCGAACCGUUCAGACGCGAUGCCUUCCACUCCGCAAAACGGAAAGGCGCCGCAAAACACGGCGCCGCAGGCCAGCUUGACGCCCGUGCAGCAGGGAGAGCAUUCGAGCAGCACAGAUGCUCAGGGUGCCUCGCCAGACACACCGAGCGCCGCAGCGAUGCGCACGAGCGCCGCACAAACUUCAAAAGGCGCGCCGCUUGCUCCCAUUGCCCAGACAUCUUCCCUGCUCCAGCCAGGCAAUACACAGUCCGUGUCCAGCGCUUUGAGCAACUCGAUUGCGAGCAGCACCGCGGCGCCACAGCCGUUUCCCAAUGCGCAAGGACCGCACCCUACGCUCACGCAAGGCCUUGGCACGGGGCCCGUGACAGGGACGCCGCCCGUGCUGGUGCGGCCAAAUCCGCUUGGACGCAGUGGACCCUCGUCUGGGCUGGGCUCCAAAACGCUCGGCGGUAUGCGUGGAACACAGCGUUGGGAAGACCUGCUUGGGAUUGGUGCCGGAGAUGGGGUCGGUGGAACCGACGAAGGAAUCAACCUUGGGCUCGAGAGCGAUGCGCUUUCCUCGAGCAUUGCGGACCUUCUCGGCACCAGCUCGAACCAGUUCGGGCUUGCGUCUGCCGCUGCGAGCAACAACCGCCUGCUGACCAAGCGCAAAGUGCAGGAAUUGGUGGGCGAGAUUGACCCGAACGAACAGCUGGAGGGCGAUGUAGAGGAUCUCUUGCUCGAGAUUGCAGACGAAUUUAUCGAAAGCGUUACCUCGUUUGGUUGCCGCCUCGCAAAGCACCGCAAAGGCGACAGACUCGAAGUGCGGGAUGUGCAGCUGCACUUGGAGCGCAACUGGAACUUGCGCGUUCCUUUCCCGGGCUCGAUGCCGAUCCCCCCUACUAGGGUGAAACCGACCAGUACCGGAAAGGGUGCAAAUGCGAAUACAUAA